ACACAGGACAGGAAGUGAACUAAUUAUUAUUAAACCCCAUCCCUCAUUUCCAUAUCCAGCGUGAGUUGUCUGGACGGCAGCCAAUCAUCCAGCGAAGGGCAGCAAGAGUCGUAAAAGCAUUAUCCUUCCUCCAUCACAAUUACACUGACAUGCGCAAUCUGCACGCGGGCAUCAACAGCAGCCGCCGUUCGCUUAUUUCACCGAACCCGCUCCCUCCGAAGGGUCCCAUUCGCUGCUUGUAGAUGAGUCGGCGAAAGGCAGCAGCGAGUCGCAGAGAGAGAGAUCAACAUGUCCCGCCGCAAGCAAGCCAAACCGCAGCACCUCAGGUCAGAGGAGGAGGCGACACGGAGCGGACUCCUCUGCGCUACUGGCAUUGUGGAGGGCAUGCAGAGAGUGGAGACCAAUGGAAGCAGUGAGGAAACACACAUCUGUGACAAAUGCUGCGCUGAGUUCUUCACUUGGACUGAACUGAGCGAACAUCAGAAAGUCUGCACUGAGGAUCCCUUGGUGCUGAUAGUGAAGGACAGCGAGGGGAUGCCACUUCCUGAGGAAUCUCCUGUCGGACCUUCUCCUGUUCCUAGCGUUGCGUCCAGUGACUCAUCUGCAGCAGAGUCCCCAGACGCUGGCUUUGAGCUUAAUGACAAUGACAGUCUGGAUAAUUUAGAGGAAAACAUGGAGCAUGAAGAAGUCAUGGAGCUCGAACAUCGCCCACAGGACACCCUAACCUCCAGCCCUCAGCCCCCACAUUCAGCUGAGUCCACUUCCCCCCAGAUGCCAGCUGCAGGCAGCUACGGUGUGCCGAGUACAAACGUGACGCUGGAGAUCCUCCACAGCACCAGGGUGGCUGUGGCUCAGUUCUCCCAGGGGAUCAGCAGCAGCAGUGCUGGAGGAAAGGGGGCUUCAGCAGCCAUCCCGGUGAUCUUGGAGCAUCUGCUGGCUCUGCAGCAACAACAAGUCCACCAACUGCAGCUUAUUGAGCAGAUCUGCAGCCAGGUAGCCAUCAUGAACAGACAGCCAACACAGACAGCGCUAAACCCAGCCUCCAGACCUCUGUCCCUGGCACCUAACCCUUUCCCCUCUCACGGCAUCAUCCCUCCUCCCAUCAUGCCUCUGUCAGGAACCAUGCCUUCAACAAUCAACGGACAGGCUGCUGUUUCUUUGUCGUCUGUGCUUGAGAAGUCGAAAAGUCUCCCCUCAAAAACUGUAUGUGGGCAGUCCACCUUUAGCGAUGUAACAUGUACCUCAGCCUCCUCUGAAAAUUCAACCCCAUCUCUCUCCAGCUCCACAUUACUGCCGCCGUACACAGGCUCACACACCAGCAGCAUUAGCUGCACUCAGACGCUGAGCUCCUCCAGCCCGCUCCCCCUGGCGCAAAGCAGCCUCCUCAGCUCGUCCUCCAGCCUGCCAUUUCUACCUCAGAGCCCCCCCAGCAGCGUCAUCUUCCCCAACCCCUUGGCGAGCAUCGCCGCCACUGCUAAUGCACUUGACCCUCUCGCUGCCCUCAUGAAGCACAGGAAAGGGAAACUGCCUAACGUGCCCUUGUUCGAGACGAAGCCCAGCCCGGAGGAGCCCUUCUUCAAGCAUAAAUGCAGGUUCUGUGCCAAAGUGUUUGGCAGUGACAGCGCUCUGCAGAUCCACCUGCGCUCCCAUACAGGAGAGCGGCCCUUCAAAUGCAACAUCUGUGGCAAUCGCUUCUCCACCAAAGGGAACUUAAAGGUGCACUUCCAGAGGCAUAAAGAGAAGUAUCCUCAUGUUCAGAUGAACCCCUACCCGGUGCCAGAAUAUCUAGACAACGUGCCAACAAGCUCUGGGAUUCCCUACGGUAUGUCCAUCCCUCCAGAAAAACCCGUCUCCUCGUGGCUGGACAGCAAACCUGUUGUAGCGACUCUGCCAGCCACUCUGGGUCUUCCACUUUCCUCCGCUAUUACCAGUAUCGGAGGCUCAAAUGACCCUGUAAGUGUAACAGCAUCCGUUAAAUCUCCCUUCCAGCCAGCUCCUGGUGAAUGUGUAUCUUUGUCACCUAGCCACAGAAGCAGUGAGGCUCAUUUCUCUCCUGUUUCAGAGUCUCCGCAAUCAAACCUUGAGACAGAAGCGUCCGAUAUAUUGAAAACAGAGGGGGUGCACCUGCCCCCGAACUGCACCCUGAGACUGAGAGCCAACACGGUAACAGAAGCAACCACGACCCCAUCAGUGGUCACCCCGCCUGAACCCGUCACCUCCCCUGCCUCCAACUCUCCACCUCUGUCGUUCAACUCGGACGAAACUAAAUUCCCAACCUUCCCGGACUCUAUGCAAACAUCCGAAACCUCAAAGCUCCAGCAGCUGGUGGAGAACAUCGACAAAAAGAUAACAGACCCCAACCAGUGUGUCCUCUGUCACCGUGUCCUCAGCUGUCAGAGCGCGCUGAAGAUGCACUACCGUAUCCACACCGGGGAGAGGCCCUUUAAGUGCAAAGUGUGUGGCAGGGCUUUCACCACCAAAGGCAACCUGAAGACUCACAUUGGCGUUCACAGAGAAAAUCCCCCAGUUCAGGUGCAACACUCAUGUCCCAUUUGCCAGAAGAAGUUCACCAACGCCGUCGUCCUCCAGCAGCACAUCCGCAUGCACAUGGUCGGGCAGAUUCCCGACUCGACCCUGGUGGACGGGCUGCAGGAGGUGGACGGCGACGCCUCCUUCAACGACAGGAACUUUGACAGCCUCAGCAGCAAUGACAAUGACCUCAUUGAUGAUAUUUCAAUGGAGGAUGAUAAUGAGGAGGAAGAGGAGGAGGAGGAGGUGGAAAAUAUGGAGGAGGCUGUAAACCCUAAAGUGUUCAUCUCUGAAUGUAACUCUCCUCCUAAGUCCUCCAUAGUUUCAAGUAUAGCUGCGCUGGAGAACCAAAUGAGGAUGAUUGACUCAACUGUGAGCCUAAACUCCUUUAGUAUAAAAUCCCUAACAAAUGGUUUUAAUGACAGCAGCCAGCUUAAUGUUAAAUGCUCUUUAUCGGAGAAAAGGGUGGAGAAUUGCAGCCUAAACAGCCCAAAUGUGUCCGAAUCCUCUGGUUCACCUCGCGUAUCAGUGUCUCCCGUUCAAAGCAACUCAGAGGGCAUGACGAUCAAAUCACCUGCAGCAAGGCCAGAAUCCCAAGAGUCUUUGGCAGCGUCAGUGAAGAGAGAGCAAUCUGAGUCUCCUACCUCUGCAUCAGCAGCUGCAGCGGCCCAAGAUCUGAGAGGGAUACAAGCCAGCAAGCUCUGCGUGAAAGAGGAGACUCCUUACAGUAUGUCGUUCCAGCUGACCAGAGAAAGAGCUGCAGGUCAAAGCAUCCCCAGCCUGAUCACCAGCACGUCAUCAGGCCCGAUAAAAACCGAGGUGAACGGUCACAGUCAACCCAACAACCCGUCUGAAGGGCAGCACCCACCGUUCAGCGUCCACAUCUCCCCGGCUUAUGCAUCUGUCGGCAGCCCGGGGAUGACCUCCCUGCUCGGCCCUGCUCCCCCUCGUCGGGCGCCGAAGCAGCACAACUGCAACGUCUGUGGGAAGAACUUCUCGUCAGCCAGCGCCCUGCAGAUCCACGAGCGCACACACACUGGAGAGAAACCGUUUGUCUGCUCCAUCUGCGGCAGAGCUUUCACCACAAAAGGCAAUCUGAAGGUUCAUAUGGGAACUCACAUGUGGAACAACGCUCCGGCUCGGAGAGGCCGGCGGCUGUCGGUAGAAAACCCCAUGGCCCUGCUGGGAGGAGAGGCGGCGAAGUUUGGGGAGAUGUUUCAGAAGGACCUGGCAGCUCGAGCGAUGAAUGUAGACCCUGGAUUUUGGAACCGCUACGCAACAGCAAUCGCCAACAGCCUGGCCACUAAAAACAACGAGAUCUCAGUGAUUCAGAACAGAGGCAUCUCUCAGCUUCACCCUCUGACCGCAGGCAUGGACCGAGUGAGCACCGCAGGAAGCCCAAUAACCAGUCUAACCAAGGCAGGCAUGGACCUGGGAAAUAAUAGGCAUUUUUCUAUGCUGAUAGACGACAGCAAAGAAAUUGGAAUCAAUUGAAAAUAAAGAUGAAUGGAGACUUAAUACUUAUGCAAUCUGUUAUGGACAUUAAAAUAUUUGUAAAACAUCUUGUUUGUUCUUAUGUAUUAUAUAUAGACUUAAAGAAAAGAACUUUUUAUCAAUUGACAGAGAAUAGUAGGGUAUUCACAUUUUGCUAUUUUACUUUGCCGUCAUUUGUGAAUGUUUUUUUUUUCUAUACAUUAAAUAAGUUGUUUAACUUGUACCUGAACUUGUCCUACGGUGCUCAGACAUGUGGUUGCUCUGAAGAAGGGAACGAUAUGUUCAAGUCAAUAAUGCAAAGAGUCCGUUAUCUCCUCUGGACAGCUGCCCAGUGCUGCUAGCUGGUGCAAAGCACAAACCAUGCCCACAAUAAAUACCCACAAAUUACCAGUUGCGAUGAGCUAUUGUCAAUGUUAUGGUGAGAAUUGUUAUUCUUAAACAACAGUUGGACCGAAUAAAAACUAGAACAAACAGUCUGUAUGUUCAAUUCACUACCUCACUCAGUUUAAACAAUGAAAGCUCACUUCUCGUGAUGCAAUUUAGAAAACUAUUUAAUGUAAAUCACAUUAGAAAAAAGUUCAACAUAGACUUUCAUCUAGCUUCUCCAUAACUACUUUUGCUAACUUUACCCCUCUUUUUGACUUCUUGCAUUAUGU